GUGGUAUCGUAGCAACCCGGUUCAACAGAAAAGAGGGAACAAUGGCGACCCAGAGAGAGAAAGACGCGACAGAAUAUCUCAAGAAACACAAGAUUGUUGAGCUCAUGGACAACAUGACCAGCAUGCUCCUGUUUUACAGACCCGAGAAUCCCAAGGAGUUUCUCAUUGAGCAGCUGGAUCUGCUGAAGAUUUCCCGGGAAAGUGGGAUGAGAGGGCCAAAUCUGUUUGACAACUCCAACCUGACUGCCGUCUGCGGCAUAAUGGAUCCCGCUAACCAGAAGUAUAUCAGUUUUGCACAGUACAAGCAGGCUCUGACCAUGCUUGGCAUAAAAGACAUCAACAUAAACCCUGAGGGCAGAGCGAAAGACAAAAUAUCCCACGAAACAUUUAAAACCGAAGCGAUGGAAGUUCUGAAGAGAGACUCGGCAACAUAUGCAAAGCACUGAAAGCCUUUUUUUCUCCUUCCUCUGCAGCGGCUGUUAUUUUAUUUCAUGUUAUUUAUGGUUAUAGAGAUAUUAUUUGUUUGCUUCAGGUAGAAAACAUAUGAAGUUGCUAAGCCUGUGGAAGAUGCAGAAGUUGCCUGAUGAAUUGUGCUCAUUCUGAUUCAAUUUUUAUGUUCUUUCGUAUUGUACAUUUUAAUAAAUACACUAGUAUCCAC